GGUCGGUUAGAAUUCAGUUCGUGGUGCGCCGUCGGCGAAUGAGGUGUCGUGUUCCCGAGUGCGCGGAAAGACCUCACGGUGCUGUUCUCGGUGCUGUCUCUCGCUUCUGUGAAGUCUCGUGAGGGAGCGAGCGAGCGAGCGAGCGUGAUGCGCACGCUCUAAAGCGGGAAGGAGAGAGAGAAAGAGAACAAGCGAGUGUGUCAGCGAUAAAGAGCGCGGCGUGCGUACAUGCGUGCGUACGUCGUGCACGCGAGUGUUUCCUCCUCCGUAACGCUUUCGGUCGGUGUGCCGUAUAUACCGCGCUGCGCGUGUCCACCGCCGCCGUCGCCGCAGCCGCCGCUUGGUCUCGAUAUCGCUCGUGGCUUCUGCUCUCGACGCGCUUCUAAGGCCGCUCUCGUACACACGCACACACAUACACGUACGUACGUACGUACAUACGUACGUAGGUACGGAGGACACACGGGCGGCCGCGCGCGACAUACACGCACGCCAACAUACACACGGGAACAACACGACGUGGAGGCAUGACAGCGACGCGGGAGUGUUACCCCAUACGGUAGGACUAACUCUAUACACCGUGUUCUUCUUCUUCUUUUUCUUUGCGAUAGCGAUUGCGAUUGCGACGACGAUCACGACGACCACGACCACGACGACGGCGACGAUGACGAUGACGGAAACGACGAGGACAGCCGAGAGAGCUGGGCGGUGACUAAAGAUUCUCUACACGACGACGGCUCUACACGACCUCGGUACCAAGUUCUUCUCGGUGCACGUCGAUCGGUUCAACCAGUGAUCUGGUGAGAGAGGCGAGAAGAGACAGCCGGCUGGCUGCGCCCAGCGUCGCCCAGCGUCGCGCGCGCAUACCGAGAAGAGGCCUCCUUGUGUCAAGCGUGAGGACGAGGACGACGACGACGACGACGACGACGACGACGGCAACAGCGACGGCGAGGAGGAGGAGAAGGAGAAGGGGGAGGAAGGGGAAUACCGCCGGAGAGAGCAAGUGACAAAAAGGAUAGGGUGAGGCAAGCAGAGAGAAAGAGAGAGAGAGGGGGAGGAGAGAGAGAGAUAGAGAGCGAAAGAGAGACACGAGCGAAAGGAAAGAGGGACAGACGGAGGAUGAAUGGCCCCGGGAGUCAUCAGCACCGCAGCUUGGGCAUGCAGGGACGUUACAGAGCCGUGGUGGCCAAUGGCGCCCCGUCGGGGCCGCACGCGCGCGCCCCCGCGUCCUCUCAUCCCCGCAACGGCGGAUGGCACCCCCAUGGUCUGCAUCAGCAACAGCAGCAGCAGCACCAGCCUCAGCAGCAGCAGCAGCAACAGCAACAGCAGCAGCAGCAGCAAUUCACCGCCGGCAGCAAGGAAUACCCGUACCGGCAGUGCCCACCACGAUAUCACAAUGGGGAUUGCCCCGGGGUUGGCACGUCCUCUGGGCCGGCCGGCAAGGAGGUGUCCUAUCACGGGAACGUGGGUGGAAGCAGCGUUGGAUAUAAGCCACCACCGCAGCACAGCCCGCAAACGAGGGGUCCGCCGCCGCACUUCCCCCAGGAGCCAGUAGGCCCGCCGGCCAACUCACCGCCGUUGCACAUCAAUAUCUGUGGACAGGAGAAUACGAUGCGUGGCCCUAUAUUGAACAUGAGUCCUGGCCUCGGAGCCAGCGGAGUAGACAUGGAAUACCGCAGGAAUUCUCAAGCCACGAACCAGCUACCUCUGAGCCCUGUACAGAUCCAACCGUCGCCGCCUUACUACAGGCAGCCUAGUCAGGACGACGGCAGAAAAAGCGAAUCGCCGUCGAGGAAGCGUCGCCGAAUAUCUCGCAACGGUGCCGUGUCCGGAAUAGAGGUCCGGGAAACGACGCCGCCGGCGCCGACGCCACCCCUGCACACAACCCCACCGCCUUGGGAAUUUGGGGGCGCGCCACAACGGCGCUCGCCCCGUAAUCACUUAUCCACCCGCGGCAGUCCGACGGUCAGGAAUCGUUAUCAACGGUACACGGAACCGUUCGGGCUCUCCUAUCCGUUCCUGCCGGGUCAUAACCCCCAUCAGAGUAUCCACAAUUCCCAUCAUGGCCUUCACAAUUCGCAUCACAAUAUCCAUGGCUCUCACCCUCACGGUCUGCACAACUCCCACCACAAUAUCCACAAUGCACAUCAGACGCAUCCCCAUCCCCAUCCGCAUCCGGCGGCCGGUGGUACGGGGCAUCAUCCUACGCAGGGCGCGAAUGCGCCCGUGGUCGUCGACGUUGGUCAAGUCGGCGUGUCCGGCCUAGGGGUCGCCGUCGGUGGAGAGCCGCUGUGGCAUCCACAGGCAACCGGCUACAGGAUUCCGUGUCAGCUUCAUAGCCUUUACACACCUCACGGAACGCAUCCAUUUGGACAUUCGUGCCAGGUGACGCAUCAUCACAGUCAUUAUUCCGCUGCUCAUCCAACGCAUCCGAGUCACGGAAUCGUUGGCUCUUUGGUGGGUGCCGCACCUAGAGGAUACGCGCCACCAGCUGGUGGUGUCGCAGGACUGCAUACAGCAGGUCCACCGCCCGUCCACACCGAUUACACCGCGCAUCAUCAAUUAUCUCAACAGAGAGAAGUCGAGCUUGAAUUGAUAGAGUCCCAUCAUCACCAUAGAGUGGGCGCUGCGGCUGGUGCACCAUUGCCGUUACCACACUCAUAUUCUCCGCCGGCUCUUACGCAGGUGACGACACCGCCGCCCAUAUUCCUGUCGGAGACGCGAAACAGUCAAUUGGAGAUUGUACAGAACAGAAAUCGACGACUAACAACCAACGUCCUGCGACGACCGAGAUUUGGUAGAUGGAGGAACACGACUCAAUUACCCAUGGCUUAUCCGGGAUAUUUACUACACUUCCUAGCGAUGUUCAGCAAUCCACCGCUAUCCCCUUACAAUCAGGCCGAAUUAUCCUCGCCCGACUCGGUCACGGAGAACUACGAGGCGUUGCUGUCCUUAGCCGAGAGACUGGGCGAAGCUAAGCCACGGGGUUUGACUCGUGCGGAAGUCGAACAAUUGCCCUCUUACAAAUUCAACGCAGAGACACAUCAGGGCGAUCAGACCAAUUGCGUCGUUUGUAUGUGCGACUUCGAAGCCCUCCAAUCUCUACGUGUCCUGCCAUGCUCUCACGAAUUUCAUUCUAAGUGCAUCGACAAAUGGCUUAAGUCUAACCGAACGUGUCCGAUAUGUCGCGGUGACGCUGGAGAAUAUUUCGGAAAUAGCAGCAGCAGUUCUGACUGACGCCAAGCCGGCGAUAUACACUAGCGCGAGACGUCGCAGCCAUCAAGAACGUUACUACUGCGCGUUACGGAGAUACCGGUCGUCGCGUUGCUGCUAUUUCACGCUAAUCUGUGCCGUUAAACAUCCACGUCACCUUGGCUAAAAUACGCUGCCGGUGCAAGAAGUUUACGGUUGGUGGUCAACGAUAAACGGUUGGUCAUCUGUCGACCGUUGAAAAUAACGACGCUGAAACUGGCUGAAUACAAAGUGGUGAAAAUAGUUGAAUGUGAACGUACGACUUCAUUGUACCGGAGUGUCGCGUAGUAAGCGGGGAUAUCAAGCUCGAGGAGCGUCUUUUCGUCUUGUGUUUUAAGAGAAACAGCAAGACGCAAUAAAAGCAAUUUAGCGAAACGACGAAAUAGUCAAGAGAUUCAACGUUCCGUUAGACGGCGCAUUUCCUAUCAAAAAGAGAGAACAAGGAGUCGGAUAUUACUUGAUUCUUGUUUAUAACGCUUCAAUUAAUAUUUUAACGCUCAUUAAUUAUUUGUAUUGCUACUCUGCAUUAUCGAAUUUAUGUACAUAAAAUAGCUGUAUAUGCAGACAUUGCAACUUUCUAUUAACGUUCCAUUUUUUUAUAGUUUUUGUCUUUCAAUCUAAUAAUUGUAUAUAUUUGCAUAUACCCUUAUACAUAUACGUGUGCGUACAAAACCAGUGUUAGUUUUGUUUGGACUUUAACCAAAUGUAGAACACGAGGAAUUCUUUUGCAAUAAAAAAAGUGUUUAUCGUCAGGUAAGGGAAAAAAAUUGUAACUUCCUAUUGUUAUAGGCUCUUGUGUCUGUAGUGUGUAUAUAUACAUAUACAUAUACAUAUGUAUAUGUAUAUAUAUAGAUCAGCUAAUUAUUUUAUUAUAUUAUAGAAAUGUAUGUAAGUAAUAUUAAAAUUAGUUGGCACCUUAAGUGCCAUAGGUAGAGAUUGUUGGAUUAUUGCACCAGAUGCCACGUAACUAUUUUAUAAAAUAUCUGUAGGUCCAUGUUCAAUCCAAAAUUUGUUUCUCUCUCUCUUGCGGCAACUAAUCAUGAUUACUUUUUAUCUAAGUGUGCUCUAACGUAUGGUUACGAUUGUUGUAUCGCGCACUUCGUAAAGUCUGAUUUAAGCAAUACAUCCAAGCGAAUCUUCGAAGAAUCUUUCCAAGAAAACUUCGAAGAAGAGGAUUUUGCUUUUUAACCGCGAGAGAGACAAAGACCUGGCGUAUAACGGUCAAGUGCACCCAAAAAGAGAAAAAAAAUGGAAAAAAUAACGUAAGAAUAUCGCUUCUGUUUCCUGCGUAUCUACCUCUAAUAGAAGAAACGAGACGAUUCAUAUUUUUUUAUAAUACACAUCUCAUAAACAAUAAACAUACCUAUGAUAAGUAAACGGGAAAGCGACCGGUUAGGAAACAAGGUCUAUAGAUUAAAUAUCUAUUUCGACACACAUUCAAUGAAUGACAAAUAAGACUAACGAUUGUAGAAAGAACUUCUGGAAAUAACCACAUCCCUUAAAUACGAAAUACGAAUACAAUCUCCAAAUUGAGAAAUUUUAUUAUGAGAUAUGUUGAAUUUUUCAAUUGGAAUUGAAAAUACGUUCCGCGGAUACGUAUACGCUUCGUAGAAACGGUCGUAGUAUUUCGCCACGAACAAGUUGUGUGCUUUUAGUUGAUUAUAUAACGCUUCCUUAUUUACGUGUACUUUUGUACCAGUGUCGAAGGAUUGCGAGAAUUUGUUUAUUAAUCUCGUUAUUUUUAAGAUGUUCAAUUUACAUUGUUAGAUAGCGUAUGUUAUCGGCAAGAUAUGAAUUGUUGAAAAUAGUUUGUUUCGAAAUUAAUAAAAUUGAGGAAUAUACGAAUGUGCGUCGUUUUGACCGAUU